GUGAAAACACUCCGAGGACAAAUCCUCGGGCUCCGAGGAUUUCCCAGCCAAAUCAUCCUCGGGUUCAAGGGACCUCGCGAGGUCCUUUGGAGCCCGAGGAUCCGCAAUUAUCGGGGUGUCGAUGGCGCAUCACGAAGGGACAACGGAGGUUGAAAGUGGUCCAGAGGUGGUCCAGAAGGCGGAAGACGGACAUCGCGAGGCGUGGGUGUCCAAAACGUCAAGUAACGGCCUCGUCGUUUUACCGUUGGCGGUGAUCGUCGCGGGACGGCCCUGUCGGUUCGUCGGGUGUCCCGGCCCAGCUGCGAGUGUGCAUCAAGGUGGCACAGUGGACGGACGACGCCCAAACGAUGAGUGGUCAGCAACGGAGGUCGUUGGUCGAAAGGUUUGGGAUGAUCAUCGGCGACAAUCGCGUGAAGCGAGCACGGCCGGCAUAACGAGAGGGGUGGCGAAGAUUAACGUGGGGGCGGACGAUAUACUCGACGAUGAAGAUAGUGCAGUGGCGGAGGAUUGCGAGGCGGACGAUGGGGCCGAUAACGACGACGAGCAGAUGGAGAUUCGUCCAGUAGGGAGAAAGCAGGGAGGGUCGAGGGUCGCGAAAAAGUUGUCGGAAACGCGCACCGGGCGGAGGGGGAAGAAGGGUAUGGAAGAUGCGUCGGCUGGAGAGGGAUCGAAAAGCCAGGAUUUUGGGACCGUGGAGCACAUGAUUGCUCUCAUGCGGGCAAAAAGAGACCAGGAUUCGCAUCUUGCCGGCCUCGCGCACACCACGAGAAGGAUGAAGACGAAGACAUGGAAGUGGGAUAACAUGGAGAAGAGGCUGGUGCACAUGGGGGUCACAAGUAGAAAGGCCGUCGAUUGCGGGAAGAAAUGGGACAACCUAUACCAGCAAUUCAAAAUCGUGCACAAGUUUAUAGGAGAAUCGGGGAAGCCAAAUUUCUUCACACUGACGCCAUGGGAGAGGAAGGAGCGGGGGUUCGAUUUCCGGAUGGAUGAGCGUGUGUAUUCGGAGAUGGCGGCGAUGACCAGGAGCGAUCACACCAUACACCCCACCAAUCUCACCGACACCGGUGCGACUGGAGGUGUUCAAAUGCCCGGCCCACGCGGAGGUCGGAAUGAAUCCGGCGGUAGUGAGGGGGGCGGGGAUGGACAAGACCACGAUCAGGGGUCCACGAGGGAUUCUAUUAGUGGCGGUGGUGUUGGCGGGGGCAACAAACGGAACAAUGUGAGACAGCAAACCUUCGACACGAUUGCAGACGUGAUGAAGGAGCACGGGAGUCUGAUUGCGACAACCAUGCUCCCAAGGGGCGCCUCAGCGAAGGGCAGGAAAGAUGGCGGGGUGGGCGACGGUGGGGAAACCCAAAGAGGCAGAGGCCACAUACUGAAGUCGAAAAGGCAGCGCAUCGAUGACGCGAGCUCCUCACAAACUGAUGCUUUCCUCGCAGACGAAGUGGCUAUGGUGGACACGCAAGGGACGGCAGGGGUCGCGAGGUUGGGUUUCGGGCGGGAUGGUUUAUCGAGGGAGCAGCUGCAAGCACUGAAACAUAGUGUUGUUGGUGGUGCUGCCGGGACGGUGCCAAGGACCCCAGACACGGCAGGGGUUGUCAUCACGGGCGCGCGGGUCGCGGGACAACUUUCGGCGGCGGCAGGCCAAGGUCAGCCACGUCAGCCACUCCCCCUGCAACACGUGGGCGCAUCAGGGGGAGGGCACACGGCGAGUGCGCAAAAGGGCGACGCGACAGCGAGUGCCAGUCAGACGGUGGCGGCAGAUCACACAGCUAAAGGCGGAGUCGCCGAAGGUGUGGAAAAUAGGAGGGUCGACGACGUUGGCCGUGACGAUGGCCGAAGAGACGGAAAGCGGGAGGGCAAUGACGGCGACGACCGUCCACUUGUGUCGAGGGGGAAGGGAGCGGCGAAGGAGGACGAGCUGGAAGAGAAGGCCAAGUUGUGGGUUGAUUGCGACGCUUUCUAGGGUCAGGGUCCUGGGAAACCUCUGAGGGAGGCGGUAGGCGAAUGCACUGACUACUUCGUCGCCAUCGCCAACGGAG